AUGUAUGUUAAACAUUUCUCAAAAUUUCCUAAUCGCACCUUUUUUUAUAAACAAAAAAAAAGAAAAUAUAUUUUCUUCACGUCGAACAAAUACUUUGUACAUAAUCAUACGAAGAUUAAUUCAUGUUUAUAUCAUAAAAAUAUUCAUAAAAAUUAUUAUCCAUUUUAUAAAAUUAUGUCACCAAUAAUUUAUAAAAAAAAAAUUACACAUGUGAAUAACAUUCAAUCUAUAGAUACCAAAGGGAAAAAAAAAAUACUUGAAGGAUACAAAGAAAUAGACACGAAAGGAAAAAAAAUAAACAAAAUUAAUAUAAUGGAUAAUAUCCUUUCUAUGAAAAAUAUGAACAGAAUAAAUAAUACAAACACUAUUAUAUAUAUUAUUAAUAAGAGAUUAUUUAAUAAUAAUAUAAAAUAUAUAUAUUCAAAUAAAAAAAAAAAAAAAAAUGAUCACUUGAAUUAUUUCAACAAUAACAUGAGACAAAUCAGAAAAAUAUUGUUUUUACAAAAAUAUUCUAAUAUUUUACAAACGAAAAAAUAUAUUAUUAAAAGUAUUAUGAAACAUAAUAAAAUAAAAUAUCAUCAUCAUAUAUAUGUUCUUCAUAAAUUGUCGAAUCAUAAUUAUACAACUAAUUUAUUCUUAUCGUUAAAUGAUGGACAUUAUAUAAAAAAAAAAAAAGAACAAAUGAAAAUACAACAAAGGGACCAAAAUAAAAUAGAAAUAAAGAAAAAUAUAAAUCCUCCAUAUGGCCAAUACAACAAUUCACAUGAUAAUAUAUAUAAUAAUAAUAAUAACAAAUAUGAUCAUCAUCAGAAUUAUCAUAAACCAUCCGAAAAAAUGAUUGAAGAAAAAAUACAUGAUAAAAACGAAAUGAAUAUUAAAAGAAACGAUCUCCUAUUAGUAGCUUUAUCAGGAUGUAUACCAUUUAUUUGUUUUGGAUUUGUUGAUAAUUCCUUUAUGAUAAUAUCUGGUGAUCUUUUCGAUUCUUCUUUUUGUACCUACCUAGGAUUUAGUACCAUGGCAGCAGCGGGAUUAGGAAAUUUAACCAGCGAUGUAUUAGGUAUAUUCAUAGGAGGAUAUAUUGAGAAAAUUAUUGUAUAUAUAGGUUUCCCAAAAAUUAAUUUAACAAAUAAACAACUUAAAAUGAAUAGAACAAGAAGAUAUUAUUACUCAGGUAGUGCUAUAGGUAUAGCUAUAGGCUGCUUACUAGGCAUGAUACCUUUAUUAUUUAUAGAUAAUAAUAAAUUAGAAGAAAGGAAAAAUCAAGAAAAAAAAAAAAAAAAAAAAAAAAAAAAUUUUUAUUAUAAAUCAAAUGAUUAUUAUAUAAAAAUUGCAACAUACAUAUCAAAACAAUUACCAACAUAUAUCCAUUCAAAAUAUGCAUUCUUAUUUAUACCAGAUCAUAAUAAUAUGAACUUCAAUUCAAUAUACAAUCAUAAUAUCUUUCAAACAUCAUUAAAUGUAGGACUUAUAUCACAUGUCUAUCAAAAUAAAAAAACAAUCAACUAUCAAAAAAAUGACAAAAAUAUUAAUACUAACGUAAGGAAUACUUUUAAAUAUAAACAUAAUAAUAAUAAUAAUAAUGACCUUCCAGAUCAUAUCAACAUUAAUACAUAUGAUAACACAUAUGUAGAAAAAAUUGUUAAUGAUACGCAUAUUAUUAUCGACAAAAACAAAAUUGAUAUCCAACAAAUUUUGGCAGUCCCCGUUCUUUCCAUAGACGGAAAUGUUGAAGCCGUCAUUGCUGUUAUAAACUCCGAAGACAAUCUAUCAUUUAAUCAUAACGAUGUCGUAUUUUUAAAUAUGUUGUCUUCUCAUCUUUCUUAUGAUUUAGAAAAUGAAGAAGACUUAUCCGAUAUGUUAAAGUUAUGUAAAAAUAUAGUAUACAAUUAA